GACGACAGUCUCGGGCAGAAGGUGAAUGCAGUGGGAAGCAGUGGGGGAUCUUUCUGCCGACAGAAAUCUUGCUCCAUAUACAGCAAAAAUUUUAGGACUGAUGAUUGCUAUGCUUUUGAGUGAUUGGAACUUGAGGAUAUCAGAUGAAAUAUCAGUCUCAUCUGUUACUGCCUUACUGGAACUUCUUUUAUAACUAAGAUCUACUGCCAACGAUUUCAAGGGAUUCCAUCUGUGACAAAUGUAAGACUAACACUUGGAGCAACACCACAAAGUGGGAAGAAAAGGGUGGGUGGUUCCAUCAUCUCAUCAUGGUGCUUCCACCCCCAGAUAAGCGCCACGUGUGUCUCACCACCAUUGUUAUUAUGACCAGCAUGGCAUUCAUGGAUGCUUAUCUGGUAGAGCAGAACCAAGGGCCUCGUAAAAUUGGUGUCUGCAUCAUCGUCCUGGUAGGAGACAUCUGCUUUUUGAUUGUGCUGCGCUAUGUGGCCGUCUGGGUGGGGGCUGAGGUGAAGACAGCCAAACGGGGCUAUGCUAUGAUUCUUUGGUUCCUCUACAUCUUUGUGCUGGAAAUCAAACUGUAUUUUAUAUUCCAGAACUAUAAGGCUGAUAAGAGAAAUCUGGAGACGGUGGCCAGAAAGGCUCUGACUUUGCUUCUCUCCAUCUGUGUGCCAGGAUUGUAUCUGGUGCUAGUAGCCUUGGACAGCAUGGAAUAUAUACGUACCUUCCGGAAGAAAGAGGAUUUGCGAGGGCGUCUCUUCUGGGUGGCCUUAGACCUACUGGAUAUCUUAGAUAUUCAAGCCAACCUGUGGGAGCCACACAAGACUGGUCUGCCAAUCUGGGCAGAAGGACUCAUGUUCUUCUAUUGCUACAUACUGCUCCUGAUCCUGCCCUGUGUUUCCUUGAGUGAGAUUAGCAUGCAAGGAGAGCACAUUGCUCCCCAGAAAAUGAUGCUCUACCCUGUCCUGAGCCUGGUGACCAUAAACAUGGUUACCAUAUUCAUCCGAGCCAUUAAUAUGGUCCUAUUCCAAGACAGCAGGGUCUCUACAAUCUUCAUUGGCAAGAAUAUAAUUGCCAUUGCCACCAAGGUCUGCACAUUCCUGGAGUACAAGAAGCAAGUGAAGGAGUUCCCACAAAAUGCCAUUGCCUUGGAGCUGCAGCAGAACUCAGUGCCCCACAACCAGACCCUCCACAGUACACAAGGCCUUCCUCAUGAGCAGUCCCCCACCAGGGAGAUUUUGGACACAUGAUAGGCCUCUCCUUAGACAUCAGCAUUGGUUCUUGUUUUGUUGGGGGGAGGGGGGAGAGGCAAUCCUGCUCUCGUCCCAGCACGGAGAGCUGCUUCCAGCACAAGAUUUUAACAAAUGGUGGAACAUCCCCUGCAACUCAGGUAUUUCCUAGGGGCCCUCUGGAACGAAAACAAAACCAAGCAACCUUCCAAGCAGAACCUCACCCACUCCAGCAUCUGACCUUUUCUAUCUGUUUGUUACCUGUGCUUCAAAUUGUAACGAAUGAGAAUUUUUGUUAUCACAAUCUUUUUUAAAUAAAGAGACAGGGUGGGAUGGGGCAGGAGGGGAGAAUCAGGACUGGCACUUCAGCCGGUGUACCAGUAUAUUAAGUCUUACUGGAAGUAGUUGGGUUUACAGUUUCUUAUUUUCAAACACAACAAAAACAAAAAAAGAUCCUGCGAAGUCACUGCAGAAAACUCCAGCUGAUUUUGGACAGUUUUUUAAAAUCAUUGCCAAGUAGUUCCUUUGCUCUGUUCAGUUCCACUCAGCAAGCAGCAGCCUCAGACAUCUGGCCAGGAAAGUUCUAACAUUGCCAAAGUCUUCAGCCAGCCCUGCUAAGAACCACAUUCAACAUCAAGUCUCAUAUUUUAAGAUCAUUCUGUUAUAAAACAUUUAUAAAAUGAUUCAGCACAAGA